GCAUUUUUGGUCGACGCUCAUCCAAAGAACAACAGUUGGUUACGUGGUGUUAGAUUGGAAAAACGAUUUGGACUAAACGCGCGAAAUUUCGAUGGAUUUUCAAAAUUUUCAGACGCGAUACCGACGCGAUGUGUGACGUCAAGUGAAUGGCGAUUAAUAAUAAUUAAAAGUGAUGAAAUAAUUUAUUCGAACUAAACUGUUGAUAUAAAAAAUAUGUACGCGACAUCGGCGACACAUUUUCGUAGCGGAAAAAAUGCGGGGGGCUAGUAGGGCCCGCGGGCCUAACCGCCAAUGCUUUCUUUAGUGAUGUUUCGCGACAUGAAUCGAAUUGAGCAAGAAAAUCUGUACCGAACUUCGAGAAAGCUCAGUCUAGUGCCCAUCAGUCAAUCUACGUCGGUUGAACGAAGAGCAUCCGUUAUAAAAGAAGAAUCGGCCUAUCAUAAUGAAGGAGCCUAUAGAAGACAUUCAUAUAAAAAGGACGACGACGAUUUCGCACCGAUCCUGACCGAGGAUUUACAACGAUGUUCAGAUCCACCUAACUUUACUGAGGAUUUGGUGUUGAGUGUCUUGAAAAGUCCCGUCAAUCAUUCAGCUUAUGACAUAAGAGAAUCAAAUUGCGGCUGUUCUUCAAACGAUGAUUAUUGUUCGAUUCUCGACAACGGUCAAGAGGAUGACAGGACUAAACAACAAACGAGCGAAGAUGAAGAAUGUUCGGAGAAGCUUCCGUUUUUGCAACGUUUACGAGGCACCCGUACACCCCGUCACAGCGAAUUCCACCAUCGAAGGGUACCAACCCCCAUCAAGAGAUCGAGAAAAAAAGAAAAAAAGGAAAAAAUUUUGGCAGAUCAAGAGAUAGACGAGGAAGUGGACGAAGUGGACGAUAUCGUCGAUGCGCCCUUGGACGCGCCUAGGGGUGUGCCGGAUCCCUAUUAUCCCAUUUAUUUACCGAUUGAUCAGGCAUUUAAAACGAAAUAUGUGUUUCAUCAUAAAAAGGGAAAAACUUGCCAGGAAAGAACUUAUGUAUUUCUCGAACAUCCCGGAGGAUGGUUGUGUUUUAUUUACCAUUUUUCUGUAUUUAUGUUGGUGCUAGUAUGUUUGAUAUUCAGUGUACUCUCAACGAUCGAUACGUAUUCAAACUUCGCCAACGAAACGCUUUUUUGGAUGGAAAUAUGUUUAGUUGUAUUUUUCGGAGUUGAAUAUUUAGUCCGCUUAUGGUCUGCAGGGUGUAGAUCUAAGUAUAUGGGAUUAUGGGGUCGACUCAGAUUCAUCAGAAAACCCAUCUGUAUUAUAGAUUUAAUAGUGGUAGUAGCGUCAAUCGUGGUCCUUACAUUGGGUUCCAAUGGACAAGUUUUCGCAACGUCAGCGAUUCGAGGGAUUCGAUUUUUACAAAUCCUCCGGAUGUUACACGUCGAUCGACAAGGGGGAACUUGGAGAUUACUCGGUUCAGUUGUUUUCAUACACCGACAGGAAUUAAUAACUACGUUAUAUAUCGGUUUUUUGGGUCUCAUCUUCAGCAGUUACUUUGUGUACCUAGCGGAAAAGGACACAGUUGAAGAUGAAGACGGUAAAAACACCGGGAGUUUUUCAAGUUACGCCGAUGCACUUUGGUGGGGCGUCAUAACGGUAACUACCAUAGGUUAUGGUGAUACCGUUCCGAGAACGUGGAUGGGGAAAAUUGUAGCGUCGUGUUUUAGCGUAUUCGCUAUAUCUUUUUUCGCUCUUCCAGCUGGAAUACUAGGUUCCGGUUUUGCACUAAAAGUUCAACAAAAGCAACGUCAAAAGCACUUUAAUCGUCAAAUACCUGCAGCCGCUAUGUUGAUACAAUGUCUUUGGCGAUGUUACGCCGCCGAUAAAACCUUCAAUUCCACGGCAACGUGGCAGGUUUAUCUCGGCGAUUCCAACGGGGCGCCAGUGGUUAACAGCAACACCGCGGGAGGAAGCAGUAGCAAUUACGGCAUGCCUCUAUCUAAGUCCCUGAUAUUACAGGUCGCAAAAAAGGCAUCAGUUCUAAAAAGGAGAAAAUCCAAAAAUAAAAUGGAUCCUCUGAGUUCGCGUACCGAAAUCGGCACUCCGGGUCCAGGUACACCGUUGACGGACACUCCAGUCGUACCAUCCACCAUGACUGGUCAACCCAAUAAGGCCCUAUCCGAUACAGACGUUAUGCUGUAUAUGGAUGAACCAAAAUCAGGAACUCCUCCACCAAGUAGAAUACGAAGGGGCGAUAGGGAAAGUGUCAGAGGGGCGGUUUUUACAAGCCAAACAAGUACAGUGACCGAAGCUGCUAGUGAUGAUAUUGAUGAUUUAGACGCCGAACUACCUCGAGUUACACAAUUAACCGAGGCGCAUAAAAACGCGAUACGAGCGAUUCGGAAAAUCAAAUAUUUCGUAGCCCGAAGGAAAUUUCAACAGGCGAGGAAACCCUACGACGUUAGGGAUGUCAUCGAACAAUACAGUCAAGGACAUCUAAACAUGAUGGUCAGGAUAAAGGAAUUACAAAGAAGACUUGACCAAACAUUGGGAAAACCGGGUAGUUAUUUAGCGGGAAUUGACAGGGUCGGGAAUGUAAAACCGAUGACUGUUGGGGCUAGGUUAUACAGGGUAGAGCAACAGUUGGGAACAAUGGACAAAAAAUUAGAUACAAUAGCUAACGUUAUCAGUGUACUAGCACAAAAACAACAAAUAGCUUUAAGGUCAUCAGAAGAUAACGUUUAAUUUUUCAAUUUUUCCAUAUUUGAUUUCAAUUUGUACAAAGGACCAUAUAUCCGAAAUUUAGUAUACCUCUACAUACAUAUUUUUGUCAAGAUUUUGGUAAAUUGCUAAUUGAAAGUCAACAUUGUGGGAAUAACUGAGAAGAAACAAAAAAGUAUUUUUUGUCAUAGUUUUAUUUUUUUAUCUAGUUUGUACUGUGCGUUUGCCUCAUCAAAUACUUGAAUACAAUUAAAACAUAAGAAAAUAUUUAUAAAAUAGUGUGCAAUCUGUAAUUUUUUUAUAAAUUACCAUUUAAAAAAACAUCAUAUUUCAAAUAUAAUAAUUUAUUUUUUGAGUCCCUCUAAAAAAAUAGUUCAAAUUUUUCAUUAUACCAGAAAUACACGAUUCCUUUUCUAUUUACAAAAUUUUAAGAUUUCUACUGGGGGUACUAAGAUUUUUUCAAUAAUUUCAUAAUAAAUAGAGUAUUAUUUCAACGCCUAUGCAAAAAAUUCUAAUAACUCAUCACCAAAUUAUUCGGCAAAUAUUUUACUGAAAAUUUAACUAACAACUUAUCGAUAUAUGAACAAUACUGAAUUUGUUCAAUAAAACACCUCUUGUAAAUGCAAUUUAAACCUGAAAAUGGACGAAUCCUUAAAAAAUGAGCUUUAGAUAUUUAAAACUUAAAAGCACUUGAUGAAGCAAACCGAUUUUUCAUUGUGUAUGCUGCAUGUACUUAUUACAUAUCAGUCCAUACCUACUAUUAUCAUUAUACUUGAAUCAACUUUAAUAAGUAAAAAAAAGGGGUUUCUUAGAGAAUUGACAUUAUUAAGUUUGGAACGCGUUUGAAAUUUAUUACAAAUAAUUUCACACUGGCUGAUUCAACUAAAAAAUGUCAAGCUAUGUGUUGAUGAUCUUGAUAUUUUCGUACGAUAUAAAUAUAGAAGAACAAAAAUUAUAUUACGAAAAGCUGAAAAAAUCAUUCGAAAAAUUUGAACGAGUAUUAAAACAUUGAAUAAAAAUUAGAAAAUCCUCAGGAAUUAACGAAAUUAACGUAGAUUGAUAAAAAAGAAAUUUUUAAAUAUAAACUUUACAUUACUUUUUAAUAUGUGAUUAAAUUCAAUUUAAAACUUUGAAAUAAAUAAAAUUGCGUAUUUAAAAUUAGUUGAUGUAAAGCGAAGGUCAAGAUGGAGGCGUGGAUGAUUGAAAUGUACAGCCAAAAUUAAUUUCACCUUUUUUGAAAUAUACAAUUUUAUACUAAUUUUUUUAUUAUUGAAUAAGAUUCAUUUCUCUUAAUAAUUAGAAAAAAUGACAACUACAUAUUAAAAAUUGGUUAAUGCAAAACGAAGGCCAAGAUGGCGGCUUGGAUGAUUGCAAAGUAUGGCCGAGACUCACGUUAAAACAUUGGUGGCAAUUCAAUUUUUUUUCAAUUUCAACGUAAUAAUAUGAAUUUAAUAAUUCAAGUAACUCAAAUAUAUUCGUAUCUGAGUUUUGUAUUAAUGAGAAGGUGAGUUUUACAUAGAAUCAAAUUGUUAAAAAAUCUUGGUUAGGUAAUGUAAACUUUACUUUUCUUUGACGAAAUAUUAAAAAUAUAUUUGCAAAUACUCACUUAUCGCUCUAAUAUCUAAUUGAUACACUUAUUUACUCACUAAAAUCAUUAUCACACUCACUAACACUAUUAUUUUAAAAAAUGUUUUAAACGAUAUUUAUAACCUCUAAAAUAUUAUUUAUUAAUUUUAAACGAUGUUUGAACCCUCUAAAUUAUUGUUUGUUAAUCUUUAGAUACGUUUGACGGAAUUUUAUGAUUAUUAAAAAAAAAGAAAAAAUUUUUACGAUGCCGACGCCUUAAAGUCUAAAGAACAACUGAACAUCCAUUUCCACUGCAUAGCAUCAGGAUACUGAAACAUCGGCAUGGGUGGCUCGAUUUAUAAACAACUGUCAAAAAUUAGAAGAACAAUAGAGUAAUGAAAAGAUUGUGUUGCUAUGGAACUGGAAAUUCUAUAGAUAAACAAAAAGUAAAUAUCAUAGAGAUAUUUAUCUAUUGAAAAUUAAUAUAUUUUGAUAAUUCGUUUUAUUUUAAUAAUAAAUAAUGUCGUUUAUAGAACUUUAUGAUUCUCUAAGGAAUAUCCUAGUAUAAUUUGCAAAAUUAAAGUCAAUAUUACGAAAUAUCAUUUAAAGAAAAUACUUUUUGAAUAUUACAUUACCACAAGUAGUAUUAUCCAUGAUGUAAAGACUUGUUGCUAAUCAAAUUUUCCAAAUUGGCGUGUCGUUUUGGGAGCGAAUUCUCAUUGGUUGCUUCCCAGCUGGUGCGCUAGAGCACACCUUGUAGUCUUUACAUCAUGUUAUUAUCGGGCACAUUGUAUAGUAUUUUAUAUCUAGUUAUAAUAUUUCUACACAAGUUUGUUUAGACUGUGCCUAUAUCUAUUUAUACAUAAUUAAAAAUGAAAACGACUUUGCAUUUAUGUAUAAAUGAUUUAACCAGCAGCUAGAGUAUAUAAAGUUGUUUAAAAAUUAGUACAAUGAUUACACGAAGAAAAAUGUUUAGUAUAUGUAACUAUAAUAGUUUUAACAGAUUUAAAAAAAAUUGGAGAAAAAAUGAAAAGGAGAGUCUCUAAAGAAAACUAUAAGAAAGAAUCUAUAAUUCAAAUAUUGGCUAAAAUGUUUGAUUAUUUCACUUAAUUCACUAUCGACACUUAACAAAAUCUAUAAAUAUGUUAAUUAUUAUAUCAAGGAAUGUUUCCAAGAAAUUAUUACACGAAGAAAAGCGUUCGACAGGUAUUUUGAAACUAAAAAUUAAUUUGAAAUAAAUUGAGGGAAAAAUAAAAAGGGGAGUUUCAUAUCAUAUUAAAUUAUUUGAAUUUUAAAUAUUUAUAAUCUCAACUUUUUCAAUAAUUUUCAAAUGUGGCUAAAGCUAAAAGUUGAUGGUUUUCGUUAAUAAAAAUUUUGAAUAUGAUGUCAAAAUUGAUCCAGUUCUAAGUCAGUUUAUUACUAGACAAAAGCAUAGGUGACUUUAUUAAUGAGCAACUGUCAUUUGGAUGAUUAGGUGACUUCAUUUAUAGAUAACUGUCAUCUCAUUAGGUGACUUGAUUGAUAAGAAACUGUCAUUUGAAAAACGGCGAAAAAAUGUUAAAUCUGUGGCAUUAAAAAGUAUUUUACUUUUGGAUAACACUGUUAGUGGGGAAUUAGACAUAUUCCAUUGUCUUUUUAAUUAUUUACUCAUGGCUGUAUGGUUAUAUCGAAUUCUAACGGUUCAUUGGAACACUUUUAUUGUAUAUUAGAAUUGAAAUAGUCGAUAAGGCCCUUUUCGUGUACUUAUUUUUGUCUUGACGGGUAUAUAAAUAUAUAUCUAUAUAUAUACAUAGUUGAUUGGACAAUCCGUAUUUUUCUUAAACAUACUGAUUAGAAAUUUGAAAACGAAUUUUAGACUUUAAUGGUAUAUAGGAUUAAAAUAAUUUAGAAAAAUUUUAAUAGUUAUUGUUUUUCAAAUAUAUAUACACACAUCUAUUAAUUAAUUGGCAUUUGAUAUUGUUUAGUUGAUAUACAACGUUUCAAUUAAUUAAAUGAUUAAAUAAAUAAAAGUGAUUUUCAAUUUCAUACUACAUACAUAACCAAGAAAUAUUUUAAAAAACUUGUUAAAGGGUGUUAAAAGUUUUAACACUAAUACAAAUAUUGAAAAAAAAACUGUCAAUUAACAAUUGUUCAAAUGAAAAAGAAGAAAAAUAAUUGCUGGGAAUGUUACCUGGGAGCUUUGGGAUGAUGGCAUAUAUUUACCUGGUCUAAAAAAAUGUUCGUGGUACUUGGCGUGAAACUUAAUACCAAAUUUUUAUUUAUUUAUCAUUUAAUUGUUUGGUAUUCAACUGAUAUCAAGUAGUAAGCUUUUUAGUAUUAGAUCUAACUAUUGAUUUCCAAUUUUCGUUCAGCUUUACAAAUAACGAAUUUUUAAUACGUUGCGGGGUUAUUAAAAAAUUAUUUAUUUAAUAGUUGAUGUAAAUUCGUCAAUUUUUUCUUACAUUUUUAUGUCGUUGUAGUGAUAUAACUUGUUAAAAUUAAAAAAUUUGUGAAUUUGUAAAGCGUUUAAUUUUUCUGGAUUGAGUGCCUCUAAAUCUGUGAUUUCGUCUCAUACCUUCUCGUGUUUCUAACCGAAUUAAUAAAAAGGCAGCAUUCGGGUUGUUAAAGAGGACCAAAAAUAAAAAAAAAUUAGUACCUACCAUUUUUAACAGUUUCCUUUUAACGGCUUUGGAAAGUUUCACUUUUAACUCGAAAAAUAUUUGAAAUUCUAAUGGUUGCAUACUAACGAGAUGACUAGUAACUCCAUCUAUUGGUAACCGUUUAACUAUUGAUCUAGAUGUUUUUGGAGAAAAUUAACUGUAAUAGAAGUUUCUACAACGCUCUGGAAUUAUUGUAAAAAGACAGAAUCUCACAAUAGAGCAGUAUAUUGAACAUUGAGAUACACGGUGAACGAUCCAAACUAAUAGCGGUAAAAAUACAUCGAAUUACUCAUUUUCAGUCGAUAGAAGACUUAAAAAAUUAAAAUAAAUGUUUUUAAAUAAUAUUUUAGUGUAUUUUUUAGUAUACAACCAAAUAAACUCGUUUUACUAUCCCCCCAUAUUAAGCAAAUAUAAAUCAAAUUGCGUUUAUUUCUAUAAGAUGUUAAGGAAAGGAAAUUUAUUUAAUGAGAAAUUGUAUAAUGUGUUGCCGACAUUCAGGGACAUCACUAAUUUCGUUAAUGCUAAAAGCUUUCAACUUAUUAUAUUGUUUUUGUUGAAAUUUUAACAUUAAAAACUUGGUUAAACGUUUAAAAAUGAUUUAAAAGUUAUUUUUUUUAUAAUAAAUGUUUCAAAGCCGUUAAAAUCCGAAUUGAAAAAAUAAACUCUUAAUAUUAAUAAUGAAAUUGGUCUGUUUAUAUAAAAACAAUGAUCAAAAUCUUUAAUAAGAGUAAGCAAUAAUAAUUGUAUCGUGUGUGUGUGUUGUCUCGCCGAACUAUUUCUGUUUCUUUUUUAUAUAAAAUAAUAACUAAAACUUAUGUCACUCUGUAUAUAUAAUAAAUAAUAAAACUACAAAUCAAUAUUUUCCAGCUAAUUAGAGUAACUUUUCUAUUUGGAAAUUGUACACUAAGAAAAAUAAGAGGUUACUCCAAUUAGUGACAACUUGAGAAGAAUAAAAAACAUUUUUAAACAUUAUCUCCUUGUUCUUCUUUGUAUGAUUUAUAUUUGUUAUAUGACUGCUACUGCAAAUAAUUAUUUGAUUUUUGAUAUAGAAUUGAAAAAAAUUAAUAUACAAUAUGACAAUUAAAAUAUAGUUCAUAAUCUAAACAAAAAUUAUGGUUUAUAAUACUGGGUGUGCAACAACUUGACUUGUUUUUAAAAAUUUUGUGAUUUUAUUGAAAAAUCAAAACUAUAACUGUGAAAUAACACGAAACAAAUUGUAGCGUCGACUGGUGUUAUUUAAUUUCGAUUUUGCAGCUUUAGAGCUAGGAGUAAUUACAAUGCUCUGAUGAGAUACAAAAAAAUUGAAACCGGUUUGAUUUAUAUAAAUGAGUUUUUGAAGGAUUUAUAUCAAUAUCUAUGGAAUAAAAAUGUAAACAUAUCAUUCCAUAUCUGUUUUAAAUAUAAUUUGAUUAUUUUUUUGAUGUGACAAUCAAGUUUUAUGAAUAGAAAUUGUUAAAAAUGCAGUAGCAAUCAAAAUUCUUCGUUUUUAUUAAUCAUCUGCCGUAGAUGCCUCUUUUUAGGGUUAAAAUCUUUCCGGAAACUGAGCUUUAUAAGCUUUGUAGUAUUAGUCUGUAUUUCGAUUGUGAUACGGAUGUAACAACGUAUGAUUUUCGAUAAAAAUUUUUACAAACAAUUCCCAAAAAUUCUUUUGUGGUACUUUUUUAUUACUCUGAACCAAAAGACAUCAAAAAUAUAUUAAAUUUUUUGUUUGAGAAAAAAAAAUUUGAAAAACACAAUAAAUAAAAUAAAAAUAGAGAAUUUUAUUCACUACUCUUUUAAAAAUUGAGAGAAAAUAAAAAUUUUUUAUGGUGUUUCUCGCCUAUAAUUUUUUUGUUGAAAAUUACAGAUGGACAGGACCGGUGUGGUCCUAAGUGUUGCGCCAAAAAACGAUGAGUUUAAAACUGAAAAAACUUCAAAAAAUCAUAUCAAUGAAUGAAAAUAUUAUUUUUCGAGACCUAGAAGAAUAGUUCUUAUCGUAACGUUGUUACAUCUUCUAACUAUAGUGAUUGAUUUCAUUGUGAUAGCACUAAUAUAUUUUAUUUAUUAAUUUAUUGUAAAUAUUUACUAUGGAAUGUUUUGAUGCUCACAAAAUUUUCGUGAUUAUUAUUAUCAUCAUCUACUAAAAUAAAUGAACUGUUUCUAAAAAAUAAAAACUUUUAAAUAAGUGAAGAAAAUAUUCCAGAUUAUAUUUCGUGUCCUAUAAAAUUAUUAUUAAAUAGAUAUAUCAUCAUUAGAUUUUUUCUUGGUGCAAUAUGAAUUGUUAUAUAAGUAGGUGUGUAUAAUUGCUUAUAAAUUAAUAAAUAAUAUUCACGCCAUUAAAA